AUGGCGGCGCUGGGCCGGGCGUGGCGGGCGCUGCUGAGGCCCCGCGGGGCGCGGCGGGAGCCGGGCGGGCGGCGCGGGGUGCGGGCGCUGCGGCGGAGCCCCGUGCGGGUGCUGCAGCCGCGGGGACCCGCGGAGAGCCCCGCGGAGCGGCCGGAGAGCCCCGCGGAACGGCCACAGCCGCCGGCCGCCGCGGAGCGCAGCGCGGCCGCGCCGGGGCUGUGGUACGAGAAGGCGGCGCCCGGGGAUCGCAGGCUGGGAAAAGUGGUGACUCUCGCCAAGUCGAAGAAGUUUCGGGAUAAUCAUGGGAAGGUUCUGCUGGAGGGGCACAGGCUGAUCAAGGAUGCACUGGAGGCAGGAGCUGUGCCACAGACACUCUUCUUCAGCACCGUGGGGCACCUGAAGCUGCUGCCUGAGGCAGAGAUAAAACGAGCCAGCUUGGUUAAGGUGAAGUUUGAAGACAUCAAGACCUGGUCUGACCUCGUAACUCCUCAGGGGCUUCUAGGCAUCUUUUCCAAGCCUGACCCUGCCAAGAUGUCCUACCCUGCAGCUCAGCUCGCCAGCUCCCUGCCACUGCUCCUCAUCUGCGACAACAUCCGAGAUCCAGGAAACCUGGGGACUAUUCUGAGAUCUGCAGCAGGAGCAGGCUGUGAGAAAGUGCUGCUCACCAAGGGCUGUGUGGAUCCCUGGGAGCCAAAGGUGCUCCGUGCAGGCAUGGGGGCUCAUUUCCGUGUGCCCAUCAUCGCCAGCCUGGACUGGGAAUCUGUUCUCACCAACCUCCCUGCCGGAAUCCAGGUCUGCGUGGCCGACAACAACGACCCCGACGCUCCGGCCGGGAUCACAGCCGUGCCAAGGGCGGCUGGCAGGGCUGGCUCUGCUCCUGCCAGUCCGAAAACUCAUGUGAAACCCAGCCCCAAGGCUGCUCCUGAGCACGAGGAUGAGGAGGGAGCAGCAGGAAUCCCAGAGCUGGCUGCACAGCGUUACUACGAGGACUGGGCACGGGCUCCAGUGGCCGUGGUGAUCGGAGGGGAGACCCACGGGCUGAGUCCGGCCGCGCUUCGGCUGGCAGCCAGCACGGGCGGGAAGAGACUGCUCAUUCCCGUGGUGCCAGGCGUGGACAGCUUGAACUCUGCCAUUGCUGCUGGCAUCGUGCUGUUCGAGGGCAGGAGGCAGCUGCUGUGCAGGCACAAGCAGGAGGAUGGCAGGCAGAAGUUGCCCGUGCCAGGCUGAACUUGUUGCGGUUUGGGUGCUGGAGGAGCACCUCUUGCCUUUGGGUCUUUUGAGAGUUAAAUAAAAGAGCAGCUCGGGCUGUUUGGUU